ACUCAGUAUAUAUAACCAAACCACACCCAAGAGAAAAACCUAAAAACAAGAUAUGGCAGCCAUGUUCUUAACCAGAAGCGCGCUUUUUCGCUUUUCAAAGUCUCUCCCUUAUGCCCCUUCACUCUCCCUUAAACCCUCCAUGGUCACUUUCUCCUCUACUCCCAAUUCAGGCUGGAGAAAUGCAGCAGAAGGAGGAAGAAGAGACGGAAGAACCAAUUGGACGUAUGAUUCUGCCGAGGCAAGGCGCGAGGCAGAUGAAAUGUCUGAGAGUGCCAAAGAAACGAUGAAUGAAGGCUAUGACAGGGCCAAGGAUCAAGCGCGGGAAGCCAAAGACAGAACAAAGGAUUUCGCACACGACGCAAAGGAGAAGACGAAGGACGCUGCGGGGUCGAUAAGGGACAGGGCGGAGAGCGCGGCGGAGAAGACGAAAGAGUAUGCUUACGACACAAAAGAGAGUGCCAAGGACGCGGCGGGAACGGUGGCGGACAAGAGUAGGGAGGGGGCUGAGAGGACGAAGGAGAAGACGGAGGAGGUGGCGGCGUCGGCGGGGGAGGCGCUGAAGAACGUGGGGGAGAAGGCGAAGCAGGGCGUGCAAGGGGCGUGGGAGACGGCGAAGGACACUACGCAGAAGAUCAAGGAGACGGUGGUUGGCAAGGAUGAUGAUGAUGAUGAUGAUCAUGGUGAUGGUCAUGGUGGUCUUAAGGAUGAUGAUGUUGUGGAGAUGAGGAGGAGAGUUGGUAAGAGAUUACCAUGAGAAGGGUUAUUAGAGAACACAAAAUCAAUGGCUUCAUUUAGUACUUCCAUUUCUUACUAUUAUGCCGUAUCUAUGUAUUUAUGUUUCUAGUGAUGUUUUUUUCUUCUUUUUUUUUCAACAUGCGGAUAACUUGGGGAUAUCAAGGUUGUUAGUUAAUAUGGGCAUAAUCUUUUUGUCCAGCCAUGAUAUCCUCUUGGAAUAAAAGUUUAUAUAUUAAUCAUAUU